UCCCCUAUAAAUAGAGAAGGCAACAAAUUAAAAGUUUAAAACAAUACCUUCAGAAUUUAGAGAAGCAAAAAAAAAAAGCAUCAAUAAAACAAGAAGGUAAGGAAUGAAAUGAAGGCAAUAAUGGAGUAUGCCUGCCCUGAGACAGCUUAUUACAACUAUGAAGAUUUGAAUGAUUUGGAAUGGGAGGUGAAGAAUGAUGACCCUCAACACGACACUCUCAUCCUUGGUUUAAAAGGACGGUUUGGAAUAAAGAAUAGGACCCUAAAGAAUAUUUUACUGAUGACUUACGGACGUGGGUACAUAGUGAUCAGCGGACACGCGCCGGGAGAAGGCGGGAGGUGGGUCCGGUUCAGGAAAAUCAUCUCACUCCCGCCCAAUUAUUACGACUUAUCUUUGGACGAAAUAAGCGAGAUAUGGGAGGAUGACGAUACUGACCUCCAUGUGAGUCUGACCAAACUGAAUCACAAAACAAAUGAUGGCCCAACUGAGGCCCGAUUAAAAUUCUGGCCACCCCAAAGCCGCUUGUUUCGGGCUAUGCUGAUGUUAUUAGGCCUUGUCUGCCCUAAAAUACCCUCCCUGGUUAACACCUACAAAGAUAUUGAUCCAAUGUGUGAAGUGAAGGAUGAUGGUGGCACUCUCCAACUUCACAUACCGGGGUUCUCUAAAGAGCAGGUAAGCUUUUACAUAACAGAAUGUGGGAAAUAUCUUCGGAUCAGCGGACAUAAACCCUGCGAAAGCGGUCUGCAUGAUUGGAUUCGUUUCGUUAAUCAAUUUGAAAUUUCAGGGAAAGCCGACGUGAAAUUGACCGAUCUUGAAAUAGAAUUCAAAGACGAUUGUGUGUAUGUAAAUGGCCCAAAAUGGGAGGAAAAAAGAGAGAAAAGUGAAGAAGGCGAACAUGAGCGUACAUUUAAUGAGUCUACGAAAUAAUCGUACAUUUAAUGAGUCUACGAAAUAAUGUGAAUUAUUCAUAUUUCAAUUAUUUAAACUUCAUUUUCUAGAGUGUCCAAUUAAUAUAUUUGUAUUGUAUAUAAGUGUAAUUUGUACAAUUCCUCCUCGUUCAUAUAAAGCCUCUCCACUCUUGGUUUGGUUGGUUCUUAAAAUUAAAUUCUAUAGUUGAUCUAUAUUCUUAUUUCAUUAACUAGAAUUCUAUUUUACAUCUUGUCAUAUAUUUAAACUAUUUAAACUAGUAAAAUUUGCACUAAAUAGGACUAAAACAU